CACCGACUGCAACAAAACCCCUUUUUAUUCUAUUUUUUAUCAUAUAUUUCCCGCACCUCCUCCCCCCUCCCCUUUUUUAUUUCUCCUCCUCCCUCCCUCAAACGCAUCAAGGUGGACGCGGAGCGCAAAAAGACCUUUGUUUUAAAAAUGCCCAUGGAGCUGACUCAAAGCCGCAUCCAGAAGAUUUGGCUUCCCAAUGACAACCGGCCGGCGCUGCCCCGCCGCUCCUGUGGGCCUCAGCUUGCCAACUCCCCCACUGUGAUAGUCAUGGUCGGCCUCCCAGCCCGUGGCAAGACCUACAUCUCCAAGAAGCUGACGCGCUACCUCAACUGGAUCGGUGUCCCCACAAAAGUUUUCAAUGUUGGAGAGUACCGCCGUGAGGCCGUGAAGCAUUACAGCUCCUAUGACUUCUUCCGUCCUGACAACGAGGAGGCCAUGAAAGUCAGGAGGCAAUGUGCCAUGGCUGCCCUGAGGGAUGUGAAGCUGUACCUGACGGAGGAGGCCGGGCAGAUUGCGGUUUUUGAUGCCACCAAUACCACGAGGGAGAGGAGAGGGAUGAUCCUGAACUUCGCCAAAGAGAACGGGUUCAAGGUGUUCUUCAUUGAAUCUGUCUGCAAUGAUCCCAACGUGGUUGCCACCAACGUUAUGGAAGUGAAAUUGUCCAGCCCAGAUUACCGGGACUGUAAUUCCACUGAUGCCAUGGAGGAUUUCAUGAAGAGGAUCAAUUGUUACCAGGCCAGCUACCAGCCCCUCGACCCUGAUGACUAUGACAGGGAACUUUCUCUCAUCAAAGUCAUCGACGUGGGCCGGCGGUUCCUGGUGAACAGGGUCCAGGACCACAUCCAGAGCAGGAUUGUUUAUUACCUGAUGAACAUCCACGUCCAGCCCCGCACCAUCUACCUCUGCCGGCACGGGGAGAGCGAGUUCAACCUCAAGGGCAGGAUUGGAGGCGACUCUGGCCUCUCCAACAGGGGCAAGAAGUUUGCAGUGGCACUGAACAAAUUUGUGGAAGAGCAGAACCUGAAAGACCUCAAAAUUUGGACCAGCCAGCUAAAGAGGACAAUCCAAACAGCAGAAGCUCUCCAGCUGCCCUAUGAGCAGUGGAAGGCACUCAAUGAGAUCGAUGCUGGUGUGUGUGAAGAAAUGACCUAUGAAGAAAUCAGGGAGCAGCACCCAGAGGAAUUUGCCCUGCGUGACCAGGAUAAAUAUUACUACCGUUAUCCUUCUGGGGAGUCCUACCAGGACCUGGUGCAGCGCCUGGAGCCGGUGAUCAUGGAGCUGGAGAGGCAAGAGAACGUCCUUGUCAUCUGCCACCAGGCUGUCAUGCGCUGUCUCCUGGCCUAUUUCCUGGACAAGAGUGCAGAUGAAAUGCCCUACCUGAAGUGUCCCCUGCACACAGUGUUGAAGCUGACCCCGGUAGCCUAUGGCUGCCGGGUGGAAUCCAUCUCCCUGAACAUUGAAGCAGUCAACACCCACAGAGAUCGGCCAGAGGAAGCAAAGAAGGGACCUAACCCGCUCAUGAGACGUAAUAGCGUUACCCCUCUAGCAAGCCCUGAGCCCACCAAAAAGCCUCGCAUCAACAGCUUGGAGGAGCAUGUGGCUGUUUCUCCUGCCCUGCCAGGCUGUGUUCCUCAGGAAGUGCCCACGCAGAUGCCGGGACAACCUUUACUAGGGAAGGCAUGCCUAAGACCCGUUUGUCACUUUCUCAAAGUUUUCUCUUUGCUAAUAUUUCCAAGAACAUGAACAACUCCCAGAAGCCGUCGUGACUCCGUGGGCACCGCUGUGAGGCCGCCGGCGCCGCCAGCUUCCCAUCCCAUCGCCAUUCCCGAAGCUUGCUUCCAACCCAGGCGGGGCUGGCUCUGCUCCCCCUGCCCCAAACCUUGCUGCUCAGUGGGGAGGGAUGCAGGAGAGCCCAGGAGGAGCCCAGCUCCAUCCCAGGGUCACCGCCAGCUCUUCAGGCUGCAGCGUUUGCUCUCCUCUCCGGCAUCCUGUUAGGUCGUAGCGAGCUGUAAAGUGCUUCUGUAGUGCACAGGAGUUCCAUUUUCUUCUCUUUUCAGUGGUUUUUGAUCUUCUGUAUAGAUGAUUGGUACCCAUCUGUCUCUGGGUGGGGUGUGUAUAUAUGUGGAUGGUGCGGGGUUAGU